AUCGGGACUGAGGAAAGACUUUACCGCCGCCGCCGCCGCUUCUUCCCUCCCGUCCGGCUAAUAGAGGAUAAUUUGGCUAUACUGAAGACAAGUUUGUGUGGGAUUUACCGUCUUUUACCGGCUGUGGGCUCAGCCGUUACUUUGUCCUCUCAGCGGUUGUUCAGACUGCUCGUUCCCCCCGCUGCUGGCGGUUAGCAUCGGUUACUGCUGCUAAACAUGGUGGCCUGUAGGCAAGGAGACGGAGAAGAAACGAGCUCAGUUUGGGGAUUUUUAACGAUUUAAACGCCACUCCUGGGGACCGUGGAUGAUCGCGAAUUACUUUGUAAGUCUUCAGUGAAGUUUUACCUCCGGGAAAAGUUGUAAAAACAGCGCUCACAAGUGGAAAAAUAGCAACACUGUUCUGUGUUUAUAUUACGGAUGACUUCACAUUAGGAUGAAUUGGGGCACAAGUGCAGCCCAGUGGAACUAUUUUACCCUCUGAGAUAGUUCCUGUUCAGACCCUCUCCUCCUCCCCUUUGAGGUUUGAUUCAAUGUUAAUCUUUGGAUUAUUAUGGAUUAUUAUUAUGGCCUAAUCCAGACCGCGCCACACCGGGGAUUUCUGAGGAAUAAGUGCUCCUAUUGAUGAUGAUGAUGAUGAUGAUGAUGAGAGAGAAAAGCGAUGGUUUCCCUUCGUUGUGAUUUUGAGUAGAGAGGAGUUCAUUACAUGGAGACUCGCCUGACAUGCCAAGGAAGGAGUUGCCACUACCUGAGGGUUGGGAGGAAGCCAGAGACUUUGAUGGCAAAGUCUACUACAUUGACCACAUUAACCAGUGCACGAGCUGGAUCGACCCCAGAGACAGGCAGACGAAGCCUCUGACGUUUGCUGACUGUAUCGGGGAUGAGCUGCCGGUCGGCUGGGAGGAGGCGUACGACCCCGUGGUCGGCGCGUACUAUGUCGACCACAACACAAAGAGCACCCAGCUGGAGGACCCACGGGCGCAGUGGCAGCGGGAGCAGGAGUCCAUGCUGCGGGACUACCUGGCGGUGGCGAGCGAUGCACUCAGCGCCCAGAAGGAGAUCUACCAGGUGAAGGAGCAGAGGCUCCGCCUAGCGCAGCAGGAGUACAGGCAGCUCAACGACGCAUGGAGGGACAAGUCAACGUCUCAGACCAGCUUGAAUUCUAGAUCUUCCUCAUCCAGCAAGUACGACCCCGACAUCCUGAAAGCAGAAAUCGCCACAGCCAAAAGUCGGGUGAACAAACUGAAGCGGGAUCUGGCCUGUAUGAAGCAGGAGCUGCUGUUUAAGGAACAAGGCUUCGAGACUCUCAAAGAGAUCGACCAGAAGGUGUCCAACAGCCCGUACGGCUACAAGCUGCAGGAGGCGCAGGCCAUCCUCAGCGAGGUCCGCUCCAUCCGAGACGCCAUCAGCUCCGGGGAAAAGGAGAAACAGGAGCUGAUGCAGAAACUGGCCGUGUUGAAGGACAGUUUUCAGCUGGACUCGGGCUCACAGCAGGAGCUGUGGGGAAGCAGUCCCUCGCUUGCCAACUCAGAGCUGUCCAUUCCUCGGCUCUACUUAGACGCUGGCUCCCAGACUGACAUCCCUGCUGAGUUUAUGACGAGCACCAACAAACUGGCCGAGAAGGUUCGUCUGAGUCUGAAGUACGAGGAGGCAAAGAGAAGGAUCGCCACCAUCGAGGUCCAGAUCGCCAAACUGGACAGUGAGGCAUGGCCGGGGCUGCUGGACCCAGAGCGAGACCGCCUGAUCCUGAUCAACGAGAAGGAGGAGCUGCUGAAGGAGCUGCAGUACGUCAGCCCACGCCAACGCCUGGAGCCCAACGAUGCAGAGAAGCUCGAGACUGAGAAGAAACGACUGGAGAGAGACCUGCAGGCGGCGAGGGACAACCAGAGCAAAGCUUUGACUGAGAGGCUGCGACUUCACUGUAAGAGGAACAAACUGGUGAGAGAGCUGGAGGAGAUGGUUCGACUCGCAACAUCACUACACUCGCAACUCAAAAGCCUGUCAGCGAGCACUUUGUCUUGUUCGUCUGGCAGCAGUCGAGGCUCUCUGACCUCUAGCCGUGGCUCGUUGGCGACCACCUCCAGUCUGGGCUCCACCUCCUCCCUCAGCUUCACAGACCUGUACCUGGAGCAGCCCGAGCUGGCCGACCCCGACUUUCAGAACAAACUGGACAGCCUCCUGCAGGAGGGCGGCCAGGGGGGCUACCGACCCUCCAGCUCCAUCACCACCAUCCACGAGCACGAGGUGGUGAUGGGCAGUGGAGGGAGGGACUCUGGGAGGUCUGAGGGGAAAGCAGAUGCUGCCGGAGGAGGAGCAGGAGGAGGCGGAGGAGUUGGAGCGGAGUCGUCCAGGAUCCAGGCACUCAGACUGUCAGAGACCCCCCGCUCCAUGAGCUCCUUAUCCCCGCGCUCCUCUCUCUCCUCGCUGUCUCCGCCCUGCUCGCCGCUCGUCACAGACGCUAGUUUCCUGUCAGGAGAGACGUUUGCAGGUCAGACGGGGCCUGGUGGACUGAGUCUGGACCUGGAACUUCACAGCAGGCUGGCAGAGCUGGAGCUCAGUCUGGACUCUCAGGAGGAGCAGCAGGAGGAACAUGAAGGUCACAGAGGGCUGGAGGAGAAACAGAACCGCAACACAGCGCUGGGCGAAGACGUUAAAGACUCAGCUCCACAGCUUCGAGGUACAGGGGCGGGGCCAAAGAAGAUCGGCGUUACAUCAGCAGUGUCUGACGAGUCGGUGGCUGGAGAUAGCGGCGUGUACGAGCCCUCGGAGCGCAGGCCGGGUCUCCCUGCAGACCUCCUCCUCGGCUCUUAUGAGGAGAGGUUGGCGUCAGGCUGCUCUCAGGUUCAGCUCGGUUUCCGCUACGAGUCUAGAGACCAACGCUUCACCGUCUACGUGAUGCAGCUGUCAAACUGCAGCGCCCUCUGUCUGCCGCCUGAACAGAAAAUGUAUGUGCGCGUGGCGGUACUGCCCUGCGUGGAGACGACCCGCUGCCUCUUCAGAACGCGUGGCUCUCUGCCUCAAGACGUGGUGGAGGUCAACGAAGUGUUUGGCAUGCAGAUAUCCCAUAGUGCACUGCGGCAGAAGACAUUGAGGGUCGAUGUGUGCAACACCAGCAAGUCUGGCCAUGAAGACUGUCUGGCAGGAGCUCAGAUCAGUCUGGCUGACGUCAGCUGUUCGGAGGAGAGAUGCACCAAGUGGUACAACCUGCUGAGCCGAGCAUACAUGCCAGAGAUCCGCAGCAAGGACAAGGAGAGCAGAGCAGUCGGUGGCUCUGACAGGACUCCAGUGAUCUCCAGUGUGUCCAGAGUCAGAGCUCCUGACGACGAUGAGUGGCCUGGAGAUGUUCUGGACGCCGACCUGUUCGAUGAUGAAGAAGGAAACGGAGAGGAGGAGUCAGGGGCUUUGGAUGAAGAGGAAGGCUUCUAUCCUGACAGCAGCCAAUGGGAGGCAGAGGAGGAGGAGGAAGAGGAGGUGCACGUGAGCAAACCUCCUCAUCUAGCAGCAGCAGCAGCAGCAACAAUCACAGAAAAGGUGAACAAGGAGACAAGCACAGACAGCUCUUCGUCGUCUCACCACCACUCAGUGGUUCGGCCGAAGGAACGGCGCCCGGACGUCCGGCAGCAGAACCCAUUCAUGAGGGGGAACACCAUCAUCCGGUCCAAAACAUUCUCCCCGGGACCUCAGAGCCAGUACAUCUGCAGAAUAAACCGCAGUGACAGCGACAGCUCCACGCUCUCCAAGAAGUCUCCGUUUGUGCGGAACGCUUCAGAGAGACGCAGCAUGCGUAUGAAGAAGCCUCCUGUGCAGGUCAAAGGUCUGGAUGGUCUUCUUCGGACUUCCCUGGACCUGGAGCUGGACCUGCAGGUGUCUCGGACUCGUCAGGCCCGGCUGGAUCAGGAGCUGCGGGUGCUGCGGGAGCUGAAGACGCAGCUGGAAAAAGCGAGACAGCAGGGCCAGAGAGAGCUGCCGGCCUGGGUCCAAGAAGACGAACGCUUCCGACUGCUGCUCAAACAAGCCGAGAAACAGACCCGAGAGGAGCAGCUGCAGGAGAAGCGGGUAGAGAAGAUGAUGAGAGCAGCAGCGAAGGACGUCCACAAGAUCAGGGGCCAAAGCCGCAAAGAGGUCCCUGAAGUUCAGACCUUCAGAGAGAAGAUGGCAUUCUUCACACGAGCAAAGAGCAGCAUCCCUGACCUGCCGGCUGACGACGUGUAGAGAAGCAUUUCAAAGUAUUUCCUCCUCCUGAGUCUUAAUCUGCUGUUCCAACACAAAUGAAGCAAAUGUUCAGCGGUGAAAUGAAGAAUUUAAAAGAAUAAUAAUAUGUUUAGUAGAGGAAAAAAACACUCAAAACCAUGAAGAAACACGUUUUUUAAAGAGCUCAGCAUUUCUAAAGUGGAUAGUCUUUGUUUGUAAAUUAGUGAUAGCACUGCUUGAGCUUUCUUUUUUUAUGAUUUCACUCUUUUCUUCUCGUCGUCUUUCUGUUACUAACAGGCUGUUUGUAGGCUCUUAGGUGUUUCAGAUCAUUCCAGCACAAAGUCACACAUGUGCAUAAAAUGUUUUUGUACUUUAUUUACACAUUUGGACACAAAGGAACUAUGAAUAUAUAAAUAUAUGUAUAACAAUGGCACACAGACAUCAUCAAACUAUGGUACUGAAGCAAUGUAAGCAACAAAAAAGAAAUAUGUGAACUUAACAGAUAUUUAUGUGUUUUUUAAGACCAUUUAAAAAAAAACUUUAUACGCAGAAAAUUUAAGCACACAUAAAGUUUAUCUGAUGGUUGUACAUAAUCGUCAUCAGCAUGCCUCUGGCUCCUUUCACAUUACAACGACACAGAAGGUAAACUGGAGUCGCUGCUUUACAAACCUUACUAAAAGAACUGGAAAUGAUGAUUAAGAGCAGGUCUACGGCAGAAUUUUCUUGUGUUUUUAAGCAAAAAAGAAAGUUGUCUCUCACAGAUAAACACACACAUCAUCAGCAUAAUGUAGAAACAGCACUAACACUCAGGUAGAUGUUUGGAUAGUCUGCACUUUAAGAAACUUGAGGUAAAAGUUAAAAAAAAGAUGAAAUGAAACUUGCUGUGGCUUUUAGAAAAUGAAAAAAAACAUUGCCUCAUUGUGGAGCGAAUGUUGAGGCACGUGAAGAUUGUCAGAAAAACAUGGACAGCGAAGAUAAAAUGUAUUUUUCUGACUGUGAACUGAUUGUAUCACUUUAACAUAGAGAUGAACCCUUGAAACUGACCAGCAGCUUCCCGCCAAUAGGAGGAAGGCACACCUCUGGUUGGCUGGUUCAGAUACUGUCUACCCUUACCACAUUCAACACAACUGUUGGUCAGUUUUUCUAUUUUUCUUUCAUUUUCUCACUGUGACUUCAUACUUCUCAUACAUAUCUGAGUCUCUCACUCAUUUUCUAUACUGAAGACUGGCCAUUUUUGACAACACAUUAUUCCACUUUUUCCAAAAAAAGUCCCCUCAUGUACUGGAAGCGCUUUAUUCUGAAAACCCAGACCUAUUUUCUGGACAACCCACAUUUUUCAAAAGGUUUUCCUGUUGGGUUAUUGUAUCAAGGUGUGAUGGUUCAGGUACUAACUGUGGGAUUGCAGAGUAUUUUUUUCAAGUUUGAGAGAAAGAGCUAACACCAAGGGUUGAAAAAUUAAACCAGGCUGCAGUUCCUCAAGUGUCCACUAGAGGCUGGCCCUAAAAAGCCAAGGAAUUCCCAUAAGGUCCCAUGUUAUAUACCCAUUUUAAAAGCAGAAAAAAACAUUCUUAGAGCCUGGUUCAAAUGAAGAAUUCAGUAUCAAAAGUUAUUUUCUUUAUUGUUUUCCUUUAUGUUAAUGGUGAGUUUGUCCAUAAUAUAUUCAUUUUCAUUAUGUUAAGGCUAAAAGUUAUGCGUAAAUAUGCAUAAUUAGUGGCUUGGCCAGGCUGAGGCUACAAAAUUUCAUCUUUUUUAAAUUAAAUUAUAUCCUAAAUUUUUGCGUUCAGGAAUGCUCUCUAAGCCCUCCCAGAAACUACUCAAAGUCACAAGUCCCAGUUUAAAGCCUUCCCUUUAGUCAGGGUGGUGGAAGAACAGCUGAAAAGGCCACAGUAAGGUCAUUUUCAGACUGCUAGGGUUCUGUUUUAGGUUUUGGUUUUCAGAAUAAAGUGCCUGUGGUCCGCGGGGAAAUCUUAAAAGCCUGAUGGGUAUGUUUGUCUAAAUUAAUUUGUAUCACGCAGCUUCAUUUUGGCAUGGUGACCAAGUAAAACUUCACAUAUCAACUCUUUUCCUCUCAUCAGUGGGUAAAUUUACAUUUUCAUAAUGUGACAGAGUUUGCUCUUUGUAGUCUCUGGAGGUUUUUACCAUCGUUAAGCUUUUUGUUUAGGAUUAAUUUGACUGUUCAGGCUUAGCACUCUUGUGGUUUUGUUUUUGCCACCUCAGAAAAUAUCAGACAGAAACCGUCAGAGAGGCGUUGAUGUGUGUGAAGUCAGGUAUUCAUUUACAUCGAGGCUCCUUUAUGUUUGAUGUUGUUUCCACGGCAGCCAAACUUCAGACACCAGCAGCUUUUCUCCUCUUUGUGAGUUUGUACCUGGACCUCGAGUCACUGUUAUGUAAGUCGUCCUUGGUGCUUUUAUCCUCAUUUCACCAGCGUUGACAGCAGAUGUCUCUCUAAAAACUUUGAUCUAUUCAGGUGGCACACCUUGUGUUUGUAUAUGAAAUAUACUUCAUAUAAUCCUGCUGACAACCUGAGAAGGGAGGACGGAGCUGAAUGCCUCUCAGUGGGAAGGUCGGGGUUUGAUCCUCAGUUCCUUCAGUCACCUGACAAUUUGUCCCGAGGCAAGACACCAAAUCCCUGUUAGCUAAUGCUGAUGGACACUUUACAUAGCAGCCUCCUACACCAGUGAGUGAAUGGCUGUGAACAGAAUACAAGUUCAGGUCCUUUUACCAUUAUUUUGAGAUAUUUCACCUUUUUGGCAACGUUUCAUUCAACAAACUGCUCAAAAUGUGAAAACCGUGCCGGUUAAUUAUUUGCCUAAAACAGUGCACCUGCAGAGAGGAGACUUUCAUCUUCAACCUUAUUAUUAUCCUGAAGGAAAUCAAAUCUAUGAAAGACAUCGAGACGUGUAAACGACACAUAAACGACACGUAAACAUAAUGUAAACAACACUGUAAGUUAAAUAAACUAUAAUAUUAAAAGCAGGUAAAUUCAGAUGUGUAGAAAUGUUUGGUCAAAAAAACAGGGGAAAAUUGAAUAUUAUAGUAUAAAUCUUAUUAUAAUAAUUAUUAAACCACAGGGACCUCUUAAUAGAGAGGCUUGUAAGAAUAGGGAUGGGCCAUGAUUUCAGAAUUUUAAAUAAUGGUUAAUGUAUGAAAAAUGUAGGUUUUUCUUGUGAUGAGUAAUUUAAAAAUAGAAGUUUCUACCAUUAUCAAUAUCUUUUACCAGGUCCUGGUUGUAAUGCAGUACUGCCAUCAGAGAGUGGCUAUUGCACACCUGAGCAUCAUUGUCUAAUUCUUCAACAACAACAAAAGAAGAAGAAAGCAGUAAUGUCUGUGAAACAUCUGUAAGUUUACAGACUGUAGAGGUGCCAUGAAACCAACUUUGCUUCUCUUGUAAGAAACGAUCAAUUACACUGAAUAUUUUUAUUGAAAAAAGAUCAACUAUUGAUCUGUUUAAAUUUGCAUUGUGAUAUGGAAUAAAUAAAUUCUUAAGUUGAAGUUAGCAUGGAACAAUGCUAAAUUUGUUAGCCCUUCACUGGCAGAUUCCAUAUGUGUUAGCAUCAAGCUAUGUCUUAGUGUUUUCCUCAUGCAGGAAUGAAUACGAACAGAAAUCCAGACACGGCUUCACUGGUCAGGUUGUUUGUUUCUCUGUCUUCUGUCCCGUCAUCAUCACGGUUAAGCUUUUAGCUUGGUCACCAUGCUAAUCAUAUAACUUUGUUACUUUUGUUACCUCCAAAUGGAGCGAUCCUGUCAUACCAUUAUGUUUCCAUUCAUGACAUAAUCCCUAAUGUAGCUCACACAAGCAUAGCUGCUGCUGUUAUUCCAUUUGUUUAAUGAUUGUAGAAAAACUGCAGCUCAUACAAUCGUUUCCUUUUUGGCCUUUCAGUUUUGUAGCUCUGUGUUGCCUUUGGUUUUUGAAUGAUUAAAACCAAGAUACUUCUCUUAAAUGUCCCCAAACUGAUAAUCAGCCUUUUUUUAAUCACAAUGUAACACUUAAAUGUUCCAAAUCCACACAGAAUUAAUGACAGUACAACACAUUCAGGUCAAGGUGGGAAUGUUUUUCACAAGUGUGUUUAGGAAUUAUAAAUACACCAUAAAUACAGAAUAAUCAAGCACUACAGCUCUUGCUUGUUUAAAAAUAUGGAGACUAUGAAGCCUGGUGGGAAUGUUAUGAAGUAUGAAAUGAUGUGAGGAUGUUUGUGCUGAAGCUGCGAUCGCACUGCAGGAGCUUUUCUAAAAUGUUCUCUACCAACAUCCAGUCAUACGUACAUAAAUAAUAUACAGAAGAUCAACACUAGAUAAUGUCACAAUACCAGAAUUUUAAACUUUGAUAUGACACUAAAAAUUAAGUGAUUUUCAAUACCUCAGCAACAAAUAUUACAGACAGACUCUAGGAUAUCAUCUGGUGAGAGAAAAGCGGUGAAAAAUGAUGCCAGUCUGGUCUGUGCUUUUAUAUUUUCCAACAUGUUCUCAGCAGUGAAGCGGCCACUCAGGACGCAGCGAUGGGGGGAAUUUAUUCUAUUCUGUUAGAGUAGUCACAGCUGUUUUUAUGACACAGAUAACUUAGUGGGUUUAAGUUAAGUUGGUAAAAGUGCAUCUUCUGUACUGGAGGUUAUGGUGCAUACAGUAAAGCUUCACAGUUUUGUAGGUUUAGGGCAGUGGUGGUUUUCCCUGAGGGCCAAAUACAGAAAAAUAAAAGUAUGACAGGGCCGCUUUGAGAUACCUCACCUUUAUGGUAUUAAAGUUAGUAAAACCAGUCCAGUGUAGGCGAAGACAUGCUUCGUCAUUGAAAUGCUGAAAGAAAUGAAAGCCUGCAUCACAGCUUUCCAAUAAUGACUGACAAGGCAAAUAACCAGUCACUGUUGAGGAUUUUAGGGGGACUUGUAUGCCCUAGCUUCCUCUGGACCCACCCUGAUCAGGGUAACAUUGAUGGGGUCUGCCUGUGUUAUCCUUUCAGGAUUAGGGGAGAUGCUGACAGCUCAGCUCCACAUUCAGACACAAAACAAGAAGCUUCCAACAUUUAAAGAAGAAGAUGAUCGGUGUGUAAAGACGGAGCAGAAAGUUGAGCCAGGAAGUUUGUCAUGCACUGUUGCAAUAAACUGCUAUGAACCAAAAUAAUCACAUUAUUUUGGUUAUUAAUAUUACAUUAUUUUCUGCUAUUAUUUUGGCUGUCAAUAUUUUUACCAUUUACAUCACCACUUCUAUUUAGUCACGAAAAAGGCAUGUUGAUGAAUUCCUCUCGUCAAAAUGUUUGUUUACAACAGCCCAAACAAAGAAGUACAAUACAGUAAAGCACAGCUUCAUAUGUGAGCCCAUUUCUGCUAUUUAAGUAAAGUAAAUGUUAGGUAAUUUUUUUUUUUUUUUUUUUUUUUUUUUAGUAAUUAAAAACUUGGUUAAAAUGAUAGCCCUGCGAUUGACUGGCAACCAGUCCGGAUGUACCCCGCCUCUCGCCCAUUGACAGCUGGGAUAGGCUCCAGCCCCCCAUGACCCCCAUUGGGAGAAGUGGUAUUGAAGAUGGGUGGAAGGAUGGAGGUUAAAACGAUGAGAGAAAAAGGCAUAAUUCUGAGAGUAAAAUAUCGAAAUCAUAAUAUAAGUCAGUUAUGAGAUUGAAAGUUAUCUUGAUUUAGCUCAUAAUUUAUUUACUAUCAUAAUUUUGCCUUUUUACCUUAAGAUUCUGACAUUUUAUCUGAUAUUUUUGACUUUUUAUAUCUUUUUUAACUUGAAUUCCAUCAUGAUCACUUUUUAAUAAUAAUUGUGACUUUUAGUCUCAAAAUUUCACGUUUUUUUUUAAUAAUUAUGAAAUUUUAAUCUCAUAAUCGUGACUUUUCAUAUCAUAAUUUUGACUUUUUACCUCUUAACUGACUUUUUUCAUAGUUCAUAGUCUGGCUUUUUAUGUCUUAAUCAUGAUUUUUUAUAUCAGAAUUUUGACUUUAUAUAUCAUAAGUUGUGGGUUUUCAUCUCAUUAUUGCCUCUUCUUAUUGUGUAAUUAUGACUCACUUUCUCAUAAUUUUAAUUUAACAUAUCUUUUUGAAAUAACUACCUAGUUUCUAUGUUUUUUUCUUUUAUAAGUGGCAGCAAUGGGCGUCCAUAGCUUCAUGUUGUAAUGAUGUGCAUAUUAAUUUUUUGUUAGGAGUUUAUGGCUGGACCACGGGCUGCAGUUGGUCCUGCAGCCAUAGUUUGGACACCCCUGCUCUUCAGCUACCAUUAGAAGUUGUCCAGCUCUUAAUCCUGCAUCAUUUAAGGCUUGAAUUGUUGUUGUUUUUUUUUUUUAUUCUAUCUUAAUACUGGGAAAAUCCUCAUGAAACGUCCCCAGCAAAUUGGGCACAAAAUCUGUUAAUGUGUGGGUAACCAGGCAAUGAUAACGGUACAUUUUUAUUAGAAACUAAAGGUUUAAAAUUCUGGUAUUGUGACUGCCCUGGUUUAAAUACAGCCCAUGUUUGUGUGCGUGGUCCUGCAGUGUGAAGCUGUCAGAGUUUGACUGUAGCAGGAUCACUGUGGCAUUAAUGAAAGCCUUCAGAGACGUGAGAGAGAGAGAGAGUGUGUGUGCCUUUGGAGAGAAACUUUAUCUUUCUUUCUUUGUUUCCUGUCCUAACUUGGACGCCAUCGUCUGAUCUGUAGAGAAACGUUUGAGUUUUUCUUUUUCUGUCCACAGUAGAGUAGAACGGUGUUAGUCUGAGGAAACAUCACUGUCGUCAUUAACCUUUAAAUCAAAAACACUCUUUGACAUCUGGAUGAAGGAGUGUAGAUUUUUGCUCACGAUCAUUCAGAGAAACACAAAUGCUGUUAGUCACAAAUUAUUUUUUUUCAUCAUGUAGGUUGUGAUAUAAUUCUUGUUUGUUAUUUGAAGUUCAAGUGCAUUUUAUUUUCCUCAUUUGAUUGUUUUCUAAUGAAUCUGUUUGUGUUACCUGAACCUGGUAAUGUGUACGGAGGCGGCUAUGAGAAACAUACAGCAUGUAUUUAUUGCACUUUGUGAUUUGGGUGUGCUUUUUUUUUUUUCUUUUUAUCGCGAGAGUCCCGAAAAGCUGUGAAUUUUAUUCUCAGACACUGUACUGUCGACCAGAGUUGUAAAUAUUUCACCAGCACAAUAAACGAUAUGUUUUGUAGU